UCGCACGUUUUCGUAACGCGUUUUCGUUUGUUACAUAUGCAAGUCACAACUCACAACUGGUUUAGAUAUUAUAAAUUGAAAGGUUACGUAUGAUUUUGUCUUGAUUAUGUAUUAGUUUUAGUUUUUUUAAGUGUAAUAUUGUAACGAUGGAAAUUAAUAGUACUGCUACAAGAAGAAUUCGACGAAAAAGAAAAUCAGGUCGGAAAGAAAAACCUUAUUUGAACAAAAACAAUGUGCUUGCGGAAGGAAAAACUGGGUCUCAGGAAAACUUUUGCUGUAAAUGUAAGUUUCAAUGUAAAUGUGUCCCACAAAAACAUAGAGAUGUUUUGUUUCACGAACUCUGUGCCCUAGAAGAUAAUUUGAAGCAAAACUCAUAUUUAAUGAAUUUGAUGGUCAUAACUCCUGUUAAAAGAAGACGUCGUGAUCGAUGUAGUGAUGUUAACGAAAGCAUACGGCAAAAUACGGUUUGGUAUUCAUUACCAGAUGGAAAUGGCAACAUGCUACAAGUAUGUAAGAAUACUUUUAUGCAUGUUUUUGGAUUAUCCAGACGAAGAAUCGAAACUCUUAUAUCAGCAAAAAAAAAAGGUGAAGUAGUAUUCACAGAAAAGCGUGGUAAUAAAUCCCGAAGUAAGUUCACAGUAGUAGAUGUGAACCUUAUUACUGAGCAUGUGAAUUCUUUCUCAAGGGACGAGAGUCAUUAUGUUAGGAGAAUGAAUAACAAGGAGUUUUUAAGGCAAGAUUUAAAUAUCAAUAGUCUAUACCAUGCCUACAAGGAAAAAUAUUCAGACACAAAUGUAACGUAUGAUAUUUAUUAUAAAAUCUUUAAAAAAAAAUUCUCACAAGCUUCAUUCCAUCGACCAAGCACUGAUACUUAAUCCAAAUGCAACUUACUAUCAGCAGAGAUUUUAGUAAAACCUUAUGAUAAAACAGCUUUAUAACUACACUAUAGAAAAUAUGAAAAAUCUAAAGAAGUAAUGUAACAAAAUACUAUAACAUCUCUGUUCCCUACUAGUAACAAAUCAACGUGUUCAAUAGAUCUUGAACAAGUUCUGUCUCUUAUCGUUUUUAACCCAUAGUCAGAUGUUCUAUUCACGGUCAGCUUUCAUAUUUUAAUCUAUAUGUUCAUGUUGGUGACAUCAACAAAUGACUCAUAUUAGGUGGUAAUAAAAUCGAUUCAUGCCUCUUUAACGCACUCACUAGUCCUGCUCAUAAUAAUAAUAUCUCGAGUAAAAGAAUACUUCCCAUAUGGUCAAAUAACUGCAUAGAUCCAAAAUAAAAAUAAAUUUAUGUUAUUUCUUUGGAUUUAUUUGACGAUUACAGGCAAGUAUGAUGAGAUAAACCAUACAUUUUUGGUCUCUGGCCAUUCAUAUUGCCAUGUAACAGGGAUUUUUGCCAAAUAAAGAAACACAAAAGGGUUGAAAAAUGUCAAGUUCCUAUUAACCUGAUUAAACUUAUGGUGAAUGCUACACUGAAUAAUCUUUAAAUAGUUAUGAUAUACCAACUUAAUGAUUUUAUUGAUUUUAAACAAGCAGCCAAUUUAUACAUUAACAUAACAAAACUAAACAUUUCCGAAUGCAGUUGGUUUAAAAUUGAAAAAAGAGCCGUUAAGAUGAAAACAACUUUCAAUGAACUUGAAACAUGGAACACCUGCAAGGUUCUCAAAAAAGGGAUUACAACUCAAAAAAUUGGGGUCUCAAUUUUACCAACACUACUGUGUCAUAACGGUAUAUCUGUUGAAAAGAAGAGGGACCUGCAACAGAUUCUCUUGUAUUUGA